AUGCGUAACAUCGAUUGGAAAUAAAAAAAUAUAUAAUUUGAUUAUAAAUAGUUAGAAGAUAUGAAAUAAGGUUUUAUGAUAAGAAUUUAGCAUCCUGACAAUAAAACGGAAAAACAAUUUAUAUAUUUUGAUGAAAAAUAGGAGAGUGAUUUGUUAUUGAAUGUCAUAAAUGGAAUUUGUUUCAGUGAGAAAGUAUCAGAUAAAUGUGAUGGGAAUUUCAUAUCUCAUUAUGAUUAAGUAGAUGAUAGAUUUCAUUUUUAUUUCUAGAAACUUGAUGGUAUUUUGAUGUAUAUGAAAAAUAUUAGGUAUAGAAAUAGAUAAUCCAAAUAAACCUAUGAAAGAUAAAAUAUGGAUUCCAUAUAUUCAUAUAUAAAUGAAAAAAAAUAAGAUUGGGAUAUUUUAAUAGAGAAUAAUACUAGAAUAACAAUAACUGAUCACUUAUUAUGGAAGUUAGAAUACAUAAAAAAAUGA